AUGGAUUCUACCGAUGAGCGAGCGCAGCGGGGACACUUCAUGGCCGACGUCAAUCCGGGCCCCAACGACCCGCGGACGAUUCCCAUCAUUCAGACGCCUACUCUACAGACGACCGCGCCGUCUCCAAGCGAUCCGAUGGAGGUCACUCCCUCCCCUUCUGCGAUGGCUCCUCCCCCCGACACAAACGGCGUUCACGAGCACAUGGGAAUGGUAGAUCAACCAAGUUCAGGCAGUUUGGCAGGCCCAAGUGCGGCGGCAGCAGCAGCGGCAGGGUCCCAGCAGCCAAAGGUCGUGCAGACAGCGUUUAUACACAAGCUUUACAACAUGCUGGAGGACCCGAACAUUCAGAACCUCAUUUCCUGGUCCAAUUCCGCCGAGAGCUUCGUCAUGUCUCCUUCCAACGAUUUCUCCAAAGUGCUCUCGCAAUAUUUCAAGCAUACGAAUAUCUCUUCAUUUGUGCGACAAUUAAACAUGUACGGAUUUCACAAAGUGAGUGAUGUUUUCCACACGGGCUCGCCUGAAUCUCCCUUGUGGGAGUUUAAACAUGGAAAUGGCAACUUCAAGAGAGGCGAUCUGGUCGGUCUGCGUGAGAUCAAACGUCGGGCGUCACGACAUGCAUUGGUCCACCGCGACUCAUAUUCUGCACCCAAACCUCCGCUUCCUCAACCGGGAAAUCCCGCAGAGUCUAUCCACCCUAUGCAAGAUUCUACGGAAUCAAGAUUAACAAACCUGGAGCACACUCUCUAUGAUAUGCAUGCUCGCUUACAGAGAAGUGAGGAAAACUCACAAUUUUUACAUGUACGGAACCAAAUAGUAAUGGAAGCUUUAUCCCGCUCGCUUCAAUUGAACCACGAAAUGUCGAGAGCAGUGCUCUCUUUAGUGCCUAAUCCUGAAACACCUUUGCAUAGGGAUAUUGUAAACAUGCAAGCCGAGAUUCAACGGCAGUCGGAUGUCCUCCGAUCGAUGGAUGAGCCUGCCGAGCCGCCAUUCUCUGGCAGCCGCCCCUAUUUUUCAAAUCUCUCUUUGGAUAAUGGUCCAGUCUCACCUCGACAGAUGCCUCAAGACGAUCCCCGUCGAGGACCACCUACCUUAGGAGUACCGCCAAGACAAACUUUCUUUAAACCUCCCGUACCGUCUCAUCUUUCUCUUACACCUAGAAGAUAUGGAUCAAUUGGGACGGCGCAAUCUUCCCCGAGCUCGCUUCGUCCUCAAGCACCGCCUCCCCCACCACCACCACAUCCACUUGCAACAGUCGCUUCGCCACCGUCAAAUCUGUCACGGCGUCAUACUUCUGCUGAUAUUCGCAAUGUCACCGGUUGGCAGCAGAAUUCAUCGCCUUUCGCAUCAGGACAAUCUUCUUCGCAAUGGCCAUCCUCGCCUAAGAGGACCCCGACUGGCACCAAUGAGGAUCAACGAAUUAGAGACAGUUUCAGCUCAUAUUCUCUAGCUAACGCAUCAACUCAAAGCCGGGAUAUUUCUCGACCUACCACUCCCCCAUUCUCGAAUGGAGGGAGCACUGCCGAUUAUCUUAGUUCCUGGUCAUGGGGAGCAUCACGCGAUAAAACCCCUACAGGUAUCCUGAAGGAUAACUCGGGACCACCCACUCGACGAGGCAGCAUGGCUCAUAUACUUAAUCCGGCAGAAACUGCCGAGCGGGACGAAGAACAUGAAGAAGACUUAAGGGAAGAAGACCGCAAACGAAAACGACUUCAAUGA